ACACAGAAGAAUGGCAGGAGUAAUUGGUCAUGAUUAAGCACAUAUUAAAGACAAAACGUUAUCCGAAAGUAAAAUUAAAAUUAGAGAUAAGAAUUUCUAUUCCAUUAGACGACAAAUUAAUAUAAUAUAUAAUAUAAUAUUUUAGGUGACAUAUUUUUAUGUAUUAAUCGUAGAGAAUCUUUUAAGUGAGUUAACUUUCUUCGUAUCGAGUAAUCUUUGCAUUUUGCAUAUACACUUAUUGCUGUUUGUCAGUGUUUUAAGAUGGCGGACUUAAACGAGAAGUUGUUAGCAGAACUCCUCAAAAAACCUGGAAAUAAUGUAUGUGCGGAUUGUGGGGCAAAGAAUCCAGAAUGGGCUUCUUAUAACAUAGGAAUAUUUGUAUGCACAAGAUGUGCAGGUAUACAUAGAUCAAUGGGUGCACAUAUUUCUAAAGUUAAGCAUUUAAAACUGGACAGGUGGGAAGAUUCUCAAGUAAAUAGAAUUAGAGAAGUUGGUAAUAUCGCAGCUAGGCUUCAUUAUGAAGAACGUGUACCUCCAUGUUAUCGCAGACCAAAUCCAGAUGCACCACAAGUAUUGGUAGAGCAAUGGAUAAGAGCAAAAUAUGAAAGAGAAGAAUUUUGUCAUCCAGAGAGGCAAAAUCAUUAUGUGUCAGGAUUUAUGGAAGGAUUUUUAAUGAAACGUGGUAAAGAAGAUUCGCGAUAUCAUCCUCGAAAAUUUGUUCUUUGUGAGGCAGAUGAUACUCUCAAGUAUCAUGUUAAAGAAAAUAAGGAACCCAAAGCUGUCCUUAGAAUAUCAGAGUUAAACGUGGCUUUUGCUCCUCCUAAAACUUGUAAUCAAAACAGUCUACAAAUAUCAUUUAUGAAAGAUGGAACCACAAGACAUAUCUAUGUAUACCAUGAAGAUCCAGAAGUAAUUACAAAUUGGUAUUUGGCAAUACGAUGCGCUAAGUUACAUCGUCUGCAAGUUGCAUAUCCAGGAGCAACCGAGGCUGAAUUACUUUCACAACUUACUAGAGACUUCCCACGUGAAGGGUUUUUAUGGAAAACUGGACCUAGGUAUACGGAUGCUUACAAGAAAAGAUGGUUCACAUUAGAUGGACGAAAACUAAUGUAUCAUGAUGAUCCCAUGGAUGCACAUCCAAAAGGUGAAAUCUUCUUGGGUCACAGUUCAGAUGGUUUUGCAGUAAAAACAGGAGUACCCCCGGGUGCAAGGGAUCAAGGGUUUUCAUUUACUCUUGAAACACCAGAUAGAACCUAUCUCCUUUCUGCUCAAAGCGAUGAUGAUAGAUCACAAUGGAUAAGUGUAAUUCAAAAAGUGAUAGAUAAACCACUUACUCCACAAGAUGCAACUGUGGCAGCACGUCUUAUAAGAAAACGCACAGCCAGUGGAACAAUGAAUAUAUUUUCAUCUACAAGGUAGGGCUGGAUCCCUCUUAGGUGCCUUUCCUAAUUGUUAAAAGUAAAUAUUAGAUGAACCAAUUAAGCCGUUUUAUUAAGACUGUUGAGGAAGUAGAUCAAUCGAUCCGAAUAGAUAAUGUUUUAUAAUCGCACAAUGCUAUCGAAUGCCGUACUCAUAUUUAUUCAUUAAAAUACACGUUAUAUCUUAUACAUACAUAUAACGUUAUAAAAAAUACCUUUUAAGUAAACACGAUGUAAUUUUUAAUAUUCUCGUAUGAUCAUUAUCAACAAAUUUAGAAAAUUUAAUAUGGUCAAGUAGUAAAUUCAAUUGAACUAAAUACAUAUAUCGAAUAAGUGGUUCUUUCUGAUAACAUAAUAUGAAAAUGAAAUAAAUAUAACAAAGUUGAUAUACUCUUUGAAGAUACUUUUAUCUUGAAAUGCUUUUUGCUUACUGUCAAAUCAAGGUGACAGUAUUAUAUAUUACAUUAUGAACAAUUUUUACUUAAUAAUAUUACUAUGUAAUAUUUAUUUGCUGAUUAAUGGAAACGUACAAAAUUCUAACAAAAUACAUAAUAUCCUUUUUGGAAAUUUAAACUAAGUAUUGUAUAGUAAUGUAAUGUGUGGAAAAAAGAAGUAAUGAAAGUAGAGCAUACUGAAUGAAUGUCUAAGUGUUUAAAUUUUGUUCAAUACUUGAUUUCAAUAUUAUUUGCAGUAUUUUUGUUCUGUGAUGAUUAUCAAUCACUUAGAUUUCCAAAAUAAGUGUAAAACCAUAAAUAGUGCGAUAUUCUAUAUGGAAGUAGUAAACUUCCAUGGCCUAUCCUUUUAUGCAUUCUUUUAUACAAUCACAAUAGGUAUAAUGUAAGCUAAGUCAGUCAGAUUCUACAUACAUAAUGGUACAUACAUACAUAUUGUGUUGCUACAAAUAUAUGUAUUAUAUAAUUAAUAUAUUAUAACAUUUA